CAAAAUUAUUUAUAGAAACAAUUAAAGCAUCUUUCUAACAAAAGUUUCAAAAGUUAAAGUUUUAAAACGUACAAUUUCAAAACAUGCCUGGAGGACAGAGUCGAAAAAUGCUUCUGGUGAAAGUGGGACUCUUCAGCGUUGUGUGUCUGGGAUUUUCUCUCAUGGUCCAUGGCAACCACAUGGUGGACACUUCUACAUCCCACUAUGGCAUCUGGGAGUACUGUUUGGAGAGUGCCUCCUCCUGCACUGAAAUUGAUACUGUGAUGCACAACAGACAGCAGAGGGAGAUCAAUGCUGCCCGCUUCUUUCUCCUCGCCAGUCACCUGGUCUGUCUAGCCCUUCUGCUGGUUGUCUCUCUGGCUAUAUUCGGAGUGGGGAUGAAGAAGAAAGUGGCAAACAUCAUUCUAGUCACACUAUCCACCAUUUCAUUCCUGUUUCUGUUGAUUGGAAUGUCUUUGGCCACAAACGUCGUCUCCGAGACCCUUGAUGACACUACCAGUUCUAAAGUGGACUGGUCAUUCGUAAUGCCCUGGAUCGGAGCUGGCUUCGGAUUCCUCCAAUUCGUCGAGAUUAUCAUGGUUGCGAUGCUCGGAACCAAGGACCUCGAAGAGUUUUGAGGGAGUUUUAACAAACUAACCUUUCCAUCGAUUACUGGUUUCAUUCAUCUGAGACCAUUGAAUAAACUGUGGAAAAGCUUCUCCAAUACAAUAACACCCAUCGGCAUUUUUAUAUGCAGAUGAUUGAAAUAAAUCAACGACCAGUUCAA